UUUAAAAUGGCGACCAGCACAGGUGAGGAACGGAUAGUGCCAACGCGUCCAAGAUGACGAAGGCGGAAGCCGAAAUUUCUUGAAGUCACCAAAAUAAAAAUCUAGGACCCUACUACCUCUAGAAAGAAGCCUCAGUUCCAUUCUACCUGAAGUACAAACAAAACACCCAGCAAUUUUUUUCAGUUUUGAUACAGCCAGAGCCUCAGCAUCACAAAUAGCAGUUUCCAAGUUUCUUGAAAUCGCUGCAGACUGCAACGCAGUCAGACUCUCCUCACCCACCUAGUAGAAAAACUCUCGGCAAUCAUGUUGCCCAAAAGACGCCAGUGUAAAAUCAUCAUUGCCACCUCCUUAGUGUGGAUUCUGAUUGACUUUGGACUAUUAUUGUAUUACACCUCGCCGUGUAUCGGACCGGGCUGCAACAAAGAGGCCAAAGAGGAACCCGGGGCGAUUCAGCGAAUCUUUGAGAAGGCCAACGACUGGAUGAACAAAAGGCCAGAAGAGAAAAAACAAAUUGAUGUACCUCGGCAGUUCAACUCGGGAGGCCCAGGAGAGAUGGGAAAGCCGGUUCAUAUUGAGCCAGAAAACAAAGCGGAGUCCGAUAGACUCUUCAAAAUAAACGAGUUUAACCUCAUGGCAAGUGAUAGAAUAUCUCUCAACAGGUCGCUACCGGAUGUACGACCAAGAGGGUGCGCAAAUAAAGUAUAUCCUAAAAAAUUACCAACAACAAGCGUCAUUUUAGUCUACCACAAUGAAGCUUGGAGCACGCUUUUACGCAAUGUGCACAGUAUAAUCAACCGGUCACCGCCUGAUCUACUCGCAGAAAUUAUCCUGGUUGACGAUGCCAGCGAUCAAGAGCAUUUAGGAAAAAAAUUAACCGAUUAUGUAUCAAAACUACCAGUGUCGGUUCGUGUUAAGACGAUGCCAGAGCGGUCAGGACUUAUACGAGCUCGUAUGACCGGGGCCGAGGAUGCUAAAGGGGAUGUUCUUACAUUCUUAGAUUCCCAUUGUGAGGUGACAGAGGGAUGGCUGGAGCCACUGCUGGCUAGAAUAGCCGCUGACAGGAAGACGUCUGUGUGCCCAGUCAUUGACGUCAUCAGUGAUGAUAACUUUGGGUACCAGCACGGCAACGACCCUCAGAUGGGUGGUUUCGGCUGGUCGCUGUUCUUCAAAUGGUACCCCAUCCCACACAGGGAGAAGGAGAGACGCAAGGGAGACAACACUGAGCCUAUACAGUCACCUACAAUGGCGGGAGGACUAUUUGCAAUCGAUAAAAGCUAUUUUAGAGAACUGGGUCUGUACGACCCAGGGUUCAACAUUUGGGGUGGUGAGAACCUGGAACUAUCCUUUAAGCUCUGGAUGUGUGGUGGAAAACUGGAAUUCGUGCCCUGCUCCCACGUUGGUCACGUCUUCAGGAAGAAGUCCCCAUACCACUUCCCGCCGGGUACCAACUACGUCAACCGUAACAACAAGCGUCUCGCAGAGGUGUGGCUGGACGAGUACAAACACUUCUACUACCGGAUUUCUCCCGUCGUCGCUAAAACCGACCCAGGAGAUUUGACGGAUCGGCUGCAGCUUCGAGAGAAGUUGCAGUGCAAGAGUUUCAAAUGGUAUCUGGAGAACGUUUAUCCGGAAUCAUCGUGGCCGGUGGACUACAAAUCUAUGGGGGAGAUCCGCAAUUUACAAAACAACAAAUGCCUCGACACGAUGAUGAAAGACAGCGGACAAAAAGUCGGUCUCUUUGGAUGUCACGGCCAAGGUGGCAACCAGAUCUGGGCUCUGACGAAGCAACAAGAAAUCCGCCACGACGACGUUUGUCUGGACGUAGCUAGAGGAGGACCCAUCAUGAUGCUGAGCUGCCACUCUCAAGGCGGUAACCAACAAUGGUCUUACAAUACUGAGACGAAGGAGUUGAAACACAGCAAUGGACUCUGCCUGGACUUAUCGGACAAAGCACAAGAUGAGCCUACUACUAAACCCUGCAGCGGCCACAAAUCACAAAAAUGGGAAAUGAAUAAUCUCAACUGGAUGGAAAAGAGCAACUAGUUUUUUCUUUUCUUUUUUGUAUAUUUUUUUAUCAUAAAACAUAGCUGGCCACAAAAAAAAACCACCAAGUAGUCUAUUUUUCUUAUUCAAUCUCAUAUUGAGCUGUUUUUUUGACGCAUGACUUUGGGCUUAAACCACCCUGGUUAGGCUCUGUCUUAGGCUCUGGAUUAGGCUUACGCUUAAGCUCUGACCUAAGCUCUGGGCCAAUUUUCAUAGAGCUAAGCACAAAACACUUGCCAAUCACAACAAAAGUGUGCUUACCAGAAUAGUGUUAUCAACUAAAAUACCAUUCCUGAUGUCCCAUCUGUGAUGACUGGUAUCCUGCUUAUUUUUGCUUAUUUUGCAGCUGUUUGAAAUUGGGUCCUAAUUUCAUGAAUUUAAAUCACUUGGUAAAAUCUUCAAGGAAAGUUCACCGAAAGGUUUUGUUUACCAGAUACAGGUUACCAGCUAAAAUGUCAUGUGAUGUCUUAGGUUUGUCAUUGGGGUUCCCUGCUGAUUUCUGCUUAGCAGAAAGACUUCUUGAAGCAAUAUUACUUCUUUUGUUAAGCCCACCACUUUUUCUUAAAAUCUUUGUAUUUGAGUUCUCAAAUUUUGAAGCAGCUGACGUUUUGAAAAUCUGAGUUUGGCCAUAUUUGAAUGAGUAGCAUCAGACGUUGCUAUAGCAGGGUUGCUCAAAAGACCCAUUCUUCAAUCUUGCUGAAGCUCCCAGCAACCAUACCUGUCCUGUAGCCGAAAGCACCAGUUUUAUUAUUCUGCAAUGAAAUAAGUCUGGUUCCUUGACUCUUGCAAUAACACUGAAAGAAGAAAAACCAAAACUAGUUGAAACUAUCUGGACAAAAGCCUCAUAUUUAGGCCUACUCUUAAUACCGUUCUAUUGCAAAGCCACUUCCAAGUUUUUGCUGACCAAAAGUUGGUAAACUAAGGGAAGUCAUGAAUGCAAAGCAAAAGCAGAUUUGCAACAGUUUGUAAAAAAAAUGUACACAACUUUUCAAACUAAAUAGUGCAGAGUGUUUUGGAAAACAAAUCAACCAAUCAUUUGUUAUUAUUUUAAUUUGCAUAAAUGUUGACUUUGGUCACAACAUCUGUUAACACGAUUGAAAGAACACGAUUGAAUGUUUUUCUUAUAUUCGGCCAUGCAUGCCAACCAGCUGGUUUGUUUAUCAACAACAGGAGAAAGGUCUAUUGUUCUCUUAUAACGUCUGCACCUAAGAAACACAAUGCCUGGGGUCCAUUUUCACAAAGAGCUAGGACUAGUCCUAACUAAGGAUUAGUCCUAGAUUUUUUUUUAUAUAUUUUUUUUAAUGCAAGUCGCCUGACACACAUUAAUAAUAAGAGACAUCUAUAUAGCGCUCUUACACAAGGUACCACAGCGCUUUACAAGAAACUAAACAGUAAGCAAAUAAAUAGAACAUAUUAAAAACUUAAGGCUAGUCCUAAGUUAGGACAAGUAACUUGUCCUUACUCGAACUAAGAAUAGUCUCAACUCUUUGUGAAAUCCACCCGGUCCAAUAAAUCCAAUUCAACCCAAGUUUCGUGUCCUCACAUUGUUUUAAGAAAAUUUGCAAGACCUUAUUAUUUUUGUGGCCAGCUUUGUUACACAAUACUAUGUAUUUACCAGUGUUGCCUUCUUACUAUUAUGUGAUGUAUUUUCCAACAUUAAUUUAUGGCAUCUCCUGGAGCCAGUUUUUGUAGAGCUGCUAAAGCAGAAACAAAAAUUGCUUAACAAAUUUCUGCUAAGCACAUUUUAGCAGGAAACCAGUCACAAAUUGUAUUUUAAAAAUCCGGCAAGGUCCAGCUCCAAAAAAUCCCAAUAAAUCCGACCCUGAAAUGUUUAGGAUGUAUCCCAAAUGUUGGACCUGGGCUCGAUUUCAUAAAACCCUAAGAUUCAUCUUAAAAUGAGUUAGUGAUUUGUAUAGUGACAUCUUACUUUGCUAAGAAGUUGAGGUUAAUACACAGCUAGUUUAGAAGGGGUUCGACCCGAUGUUCCUGGUUUGAUUGGCAGCAUAUUUCGCCACAGCACCUAUUGACCCCUUGCAUGUGCGUCACACGAGGCGAGUGAUGUCACGCUCACCAUGUUGGUGGUCAAUAGGUUUACGUGUAAACGCUGCACUUCACUGAAUAACAGGCGCACUUCACU